AUGCAAACAAAACACGAGAGAAAUGCUUCCCGGAAUAAACAGGACUCUGAUGACAACAACAGCCAUGAAAACCAGUAUGAAGCUAAAUUUAUCAUAGCACUGUGUAGACAUCUUAUUUUGCAAGGUUAUUCAGAGGAUGACAUUACUAUCCUCACUCCUUACUCAGGACAGUUCUUCCUUCUACGCAAGUUCUUCCUUCUACGCAAGCUUCAGCGAAACUGCCGGGAGUGUUGUGAUGUGAGGAUCUGUGUAGUGGACAACUUUCAGGGAGAAGAAAAUAAUAUUAUCCUCUUAUCUUUAGUUCGCAGUAAUUUGGAAGGAAAUGUUGGCUUCCUUCGUACUGAUAACAGAAUUUGUGUUGCCCUCUCACGUGCCAAGCAUGGGCUGUACAUUACUGGAAAUAUGGACCUUCUUUGUACCUCAAGUGAACUCUGGAAGAAGAUUAAAGAAGAUCUUAUAAAUGAAGAAUCCAUUGGGAAUGCUCUGACUCUUAGGUGUAAAAAUCAUCCUGAUCAGUUAAUGUUAGUAUCAUCAGGUGACGAUUUCGCCAACAAAAGUCCUGAAGGAGGAUGUAAUCAAGUAUGUGGUGGUUCUCUUCCAGACUGCAGGCAUUCUUGUCCCAGAUAUUGCCACGUGGAUGAUCAGAAACAUCGUGAGUAUAAAUGUCAAGUUCCUUGUCCCAAGAUUCUUUGUGAGUUGGACCAUCAGUGUCCAAAGAAAUGUUGGGAAAAGUGUACACCAUGUGAAGUUCCUGUUGCAAAGGUGUUACCUUGUAGUCAUAUUCACAGAAUUCCUUGCCAUGUUGACCCAAGUAGCUACAAGUGUCCAACUGAAGUAAUCAAAGAAAAGCCUCUCUGUCAACACAAGGUUAAGAUGCCUUGCCAUUAUGAUCCAAAAGUAUUUCCUUGUCCCAUGGACUGUGAUACUAGACUGGACUGUGGUCACAAAUGUCGACUAAAUUGUCACCAUACAUCAGACCCAGACCACAUUCUUUACAAUUGUUUAGAAAAUUGUACAAGAUUGAAUGCAGGGUGUUCACAAAACCAUACAUGCCAGAAAAAAUGUUAUGAAGACUGUGGAUCUUGCAUAGUAAAAGUGAAGAAAAUAUUACCAUGUACUCAUGUGGCCAAUAAGGUUGAUUGUUCUGAGCGUGUUGAAGAUAUCAAGUGCCAUAAAUCCUGCAUUAAAACACUCAUGUGUGGUCAUCCAUGUAAGAAAGUGUGUUAUCAAGAAUGUGGCGACUGUGCAGUAAAAGUUAAAAAAACUGUACCAGGUUGUAAUCACAUUGCUGAGAUUGAGUGUGGACUACCAGCCACAAGUAGCAAGUGUGAUGGAAACUGCCUCAAGAAGUUACCAUGUGGUCAUCCUUGCACAAAACGUUGUAUGGAUGAAUGUACUGUCAAUUGCACGGUGUUAACUCCCAAUACUGUGAAGUGCCCUAAAGGUCACUCCUUCAAGCUGCCUUGCCAUUUGAUUAAUAAAGUGAAUGGAGAAGAUGCUUGGGAAUACUGUGAGGAACCUUGCAGUCAGGUGCUGAAAUGUGGACACACUUGUGUGGGUAAUUGUGGCCGCUGCUUUCAAGGACGCGUUCAUGUCUCGUGCUCUCAACCAUGUAAGAAACCACUUGUGUGUGGACACAUGUAAGUAUAGUGAAACACU